AUGGCAAGAAACAACACCACUGUUAAUCUACCAACGAUUUCCGAAUUGAACAAAUUACCGUAUGAAGAAUUUGUCUCUUCAUUAAAUGUUCUAUUUGAAUCAGCACCACCUUUAGCUAAACAUUUAUAUUAUUCAUCAAGACCUUUCACAUCAUACAAAUCAUUGAUAACAAUUGCCAAAGAAUAUGUUACUUCGAACAACAACAACAAUGAUGAUGAUCUAUCAUUAUCAUUAUCUGAUAAGCUUGAAAUAAUUAAUGCACACCCACGAUUAGGUGAUAAUAGAAAAAAUCUUUCGAUAAUGUCACUCAAUGAACAAGAAGAUAAGAUCAAUUCAAAGCUUCAAGAAUUGAAUUCACAGUAUGAAAAUAAGUUUGGUUUUAAAUUUGUGAUAUUUGUUAAUGGAAGGAGUAGAAAAGAAUUGAUACCAAUAAUUGAAGAAAAAAUCCAGAAUGGUGAUAAAGAUGAAGAGUUGAAUAGAGGGCUAAUUGAUAUGAUGGAUAUUGCAAUGGAUAGAUUAAAAAAAUUAAAUUUUGAAUAA